AUGGGUGAACAGGAUAAGCCCGGAGCCAAGAACCUGAGCAACCCAUUUAAGUCGGGCCAAAUCUUAACCUGUGAGGCUUCAGGGGUUAGAAUGAGGGCUAUAAUUGAGAACCUGUCCUUGCCCGAUGGCAUCGGCAUAUCACCAACGCAGCAGCGUCUGUACUGGUCCAAUAUGGGAACUCCAGGAGUUAACGACGGCAGUAUCAUGUCCUGCAGCCUCCGAGGCAGCGAUGUAGCGACAGUGGUACCAAAAGGAGGGGUACACACCCCCAAGCAAAUAGCGGUCGAUGACCCAAGUAGAAAGCUCUAUUUCGCAGAUCGCGAGGGCCUCCGAAUCAUGCGCUGCGACAUGGACGGCUCCCACCUUGAGACCCUCAUUCAGACUGGUGACUGGAAAACUCCAGAACAUCAAACCGAUCCUAUGCGAUGGUGUGUUGGCAUUACAGUCUCACCGCAAACAGGAAAGUUCUUUUGGUCCCAAAAAGGAAACUCGAGAGGUCAUUGUGGACGAAUCUUUUGCGCAAAUAUCGACCCUAGCGCCGGUAAUGGGCGUGACAUGAGCUUACUACUACAAGGUCUUCCCGAGCCUAUUGAUCUUUAUUUCGAUGACAAAAGACUCAACCUUUACUGGACAGACAGAGGAGAGCUGCCUUUUGGGAAUUCUUUGAAUGAGUUGUCGUUUCACUCUUCAGUUUUGACUCCAGGUAGUCAGACCCAGCAUCGGAUCCUCGCACGAAACUUUCAUGACCCAAUCGGGCUGGUAGUUGACUCCAAGCAAAGGUGUGCCUAUGUGGCCGAGCUAGGAGGAAGCGUGUACAAGUGCAAUUUAGUCGGAGGUGGCAAAAAAAGGAUGUAUCAUGAUGAAGAUUGGGCAUUGAGUGGAAUUACUAGAUCCCGUUUGUGA